AUGGCUGGAGCAUCGGACGCUUCCCGUCGAUUCCACAAUUAUCCAAUUGCCCUUGAAGGGCCCGACAUCCCUUUGAAAUAUCCGACAGAGUCAAACCCUCUCCUCCGUGGCCGCCUGCUGGCCCUUGGCUCUGCAUUGGUCUCCUCUUCCAAUGCCAUUCAAAGUUAUCUCUGGCGCAAUGCAGGAUUCUCCCUCCUCCGCGAAAUCCCCUCCCUGGCCGAUUACGCACCCCGAUAUGACCCUACCGUCAUCCCCAUCGUGGAUCCUAUUACAGCCCAGACAUCGAGCCUGCCUGCGCCAAUCCAGAGACGAGAUGGACAGGGAUACUACACCUCAGCUGAUUACCAUGCACUUUACCUGUCUGGCGAAUUGACACCGACGGCGGUCGUGGAAGCGCUUUUCCCGCUCAUUCGCCGUGAUAUAACCCCUCCUGGGGAAUUUUCAGUUGGCUUUCUUGAGUCGCGCAUUGAUAUUAUUCGUGCUGCGGCUGCGGCUUCGACUGAGCGGUAUAAGAUUAGGAAGCCGUUAGGCCCUAUGGAUGGUGUCCCUGUUGCAAUUAAGGAUGAGGCACAUCUUGAAGGGUACAAGAGGACGUUGGGGAGUCGAUUUGAUUUCACAGGGAAGAUAAACAGCACUUCGUGGUGUGUGAAGAAGUGGGAGGAAGCUGGAGCGAUCGUCGUCGGGAAGACUAGCAUGCAUGAAUUGGGCUUGGGCACGACAAACAACAACCCUUGUACAGGGACUCCGAGAAAUCCUCAUAACCAGGAUUAUUAUACCGGCGGCUCUUCCGGAGGUUCUGCAUAUGUUGUUGGCGCAGGCCUAGUACCCAUUGCCCUGGGAGCUGACGGUGGUGGGUCAAUCCGCCUCCCGUCCGGCUUCUGUGGCAUCUACGGCAUUAAAACCACCCAUGGCCGAGUCUCUGCACAUCCAACUCUUAGAAUAGCCUCGACCACUGGUGUUUUGGGGACCAUGACUUCCAGCCUCGACGACUUAGCUCUAUCAUACCGACUCAUGGCCAGCCCAGACCCAGACUCCAUGGAAUCUUCCUCCUUCCCAGAUCCCCUCUCCACGAUUCCAUCCAGCUCCGCCCUAGCAGCCCGACCCAAGGUAAUCGGCAUUUUCCCCGACUGGGUCAACCGCGCAGAUCCCGCCGUCCUCGCCUUGUUCAACAAAGCCAUCGACCACUACCGUACCAAGAACUACACUGUGGUCGACAUCUCCAUCCCCCUGCUCGCCGAAGGCCAAAAAGCACACAGCCUUACCAUCCUCGCCGAGAUCUCGUCAACCGUCAAACCCGAUCAGAUCCGCCAGCUGACACCGCAGAACAAAAUCCUCGUCUCGCUCGGCGCUAACCAGGCCAGCGCACCGGACUUCCUCGCGGCACAGCGCCUGCGCAGCCUCCUUAUGUCUCACCUCGCCUUCCUCUUCCAGAAGCAUCCAGGCCUCAUCAUCGUGACUCCCACAACGCCCAUGCCCGGCUGGAAAAUCGCGAAGGGCGAUGCAGACCUCGUCUCAGGCGUUAGCGACGAGAACUCCAGCCUCCGCGCGAUGGAGUACGUGUAUCUCGCGAACUUCACGGGCUGUCCUGCUCUUUCACGUCCCAUGGGCCUGAUCGACGGACCUCAGGUCCCUGUGGGUCUCAUGGGAAUGGGCGAGUGGUGCAGUGAGGAGAUGCUGAUUGAGUGGGCGCGGGAUGGGGAGGGGAUGUCGCUGGAUGCCGGCGGGGAUGCUGUGGAUGCCAAAACAGCGGCGGCGGCUGGUAAGGGGGUUGUGAGAAUUCCAGAUAUCGAGAAGGGAGGGAAAUGGGUCGAUAUUAUUAGUUCCGCUCGUGGUGCUGGAGGGCAGGCGAGCGCUUCUUCGGCUGCUCAUAACUAG